AUGUCAGGUCUCAGCCAAGAAGUCAACUGGUCUACGUUGACCCAGGCCCUCUCAGAGGACCAAGUCCUAGUCCCAGGAACCGAAGCUUACUCUAAAGCCAUCUUCGUUGGUAACUUGAACUACCGCAACAUCAACCCUGCCGUCGUGGUCAAGGCCCGCUCUGUGCAAGAUGUCCAAUCCGCUGUCUGCUUCGCCAACCAGAACAGCGUCAAACUCACAGUUAAAGUCGGUGGACAUGGUUUCAUGGCAUACUCUCUCAACGAAGGCGGCAUGGUCCUUGAUAUGAGUGCCAUGAACGGCUGUCAGAUCAACAACGACGCGAGGACUAUCACGACGGAAGGUGGACUUCUGUCUAGUGAUGUUCACGACAAGCUCCAGGAUAAUCGCGAUGUUGCCAUCACUGGACUAUGUGGAAGUGUCGGCUUCAGUGGAUUUACCCUCGGCGGUGGUAUCAGCCCUCUCUCAAGAAGCUACGGUCUCGGCUGUGAUAGUGUUCUUGAGAUGACUGUCGUCACUGCUGAAGGUGAUGUUGUUACCGUCUCCAAGGACGAUCGAGAUGAGAAGAAGCGCGAUCUCUUCUGGGCUUUGUGUGGUGGCGGCGGUGGUAACUUCGGUGUCACCGUCUCCAUGACCUCGAAGAUGCACAAGUUGAGAGAUGAAGCUGGUAAGAUUGUUUCUGGUGAGCUCAUCUGGAACCUACCUCAGCAGCAGCAAGCCUUUGAUGAGGCUAUGAAGGUUCUCAACUCGGGCAACUGUCCUGCUGAGCUCACUGCCAAUGGUGUUUGGUCUCAUGGGAAGAACAAGCAGUUCACUGCCGGUCUGAAGAUUAUCUACAAUGGCAACAUGGAUGAAGCCCAAGAGGCUCUCAAGUCUAUCUUGGCGCACGAGCCUGUUGAGAAUACUCUUGAAGAGAUGAACUGGACCGAUGUCAGCGAGAGCGACGAGGGCUGGGCCGCGGACAGCGAGGUCUACCUCCAUGUCGCAUCCUUCAUUUUGCCUGAAGGUGCCAUCACACCCGAGCUCACUUCCACAGUCAACGGCCUCAUGAGUGAAGCUGCGACAGCCGUCGGCAUCACUGAUGAGGACAAGCGCAACUCACCCAAGUGCAGCUUCAAGUGGCUACAUAUCGGCGCUCAAACCUCCGAGAUCCCCUCUACAGACACAGCCUUCUACUGGCGCGAUGGGCACUACGUUGCAAGCAUGAAAGUUCAAUGGACAGACGUCUCCAAGCGCGAGUCAAUCUUGAACUUCAUCGCCAAGUGUCAAGACCAGCUUCUUCCGUUCGCCAUCGAGAAGAAGGCUGCUUACGUAAACUAUAUCGAUGGUGCGGUUAGCAAUUGGGAGCAGGCGUACUAUGGCGAGAACUACGCUCGUCUUCAGAAGGUGAAGACGGAGUGGGAUUCCAAGAACUUCUUUAGUAACGAUCAGUCUAUCAAGCCGAUUGAGAAGACGGCUGCGAGAAAGACCGUGGUCGGAGUUUGCAAGAUGGCGCGGGGCACUCAGGUUGGACAGAAGACUACGGCAGUGCCAGUCGCUGUCUAA